AUUGUAAAAAUGACUUCGAUACAUUUUGUUGUACAUCCAUUACCAGGCACUGACGAUCAGCUCAACGAUAGAUUGAAAGAAGUAGCUGAAAAAAUUAAUCGCUAUGGAUUCGUCACUCCACCAGCAUUCAGUGGACUUAAAUCGUCCGUUAGACGUAUUGUCGUUGGGCCUUCCCAUAUUGCAUUACUCAUGGAUGAUAACAGAAUUUGUCGUGUAGCUUUUACUGUUCUUUCAGAUCGAUUGGAUCUUAGUAAAAAUGAACCUAAUCGAACCCCUAGUAAAAAUCAUGUUGGAAAUUCAAAUUCAGUACCAAGUGGUAGUGGAACAGGUAGCGGUGGUAAUCGUGCAAAUAUAAGAUCAAGAGCAAGAAUAAUGCGAAGCAGUUCAGCGAUACGCGGCGGGGGUGGAGGUGCUGGCGGUGGUGGAAGUGGAACAGGAGGUGGCAGUAGUAGAAUUGGACCACCAGGUGUAAUAAUGGGCGGUGGUGGAAGCAGUAGUUCGAGACCAAUAGUAUCAGUACCCGCUCCAUUUGUACCAGAAGAUCUUAUUUCACAGGCUCAAGUUGUACUACAGGGCAAAAGCCGUAAUCUCAUAAUACGAGAAUUACAACGUACAAAUUUGGACGUUAAUUUAGCUGUUAAUAAUUUACUGUCACGUGACGAUGAAGAGGGUGACGAUGCUGAUGAUGCAGCUGACAGUUAUGUACCCGAAGAUCUUAUUUCACUGUUGGACGGUGGAUUUAGUAAUGAACAGUCUGUUAUUAUUGACGCUGACUCGAUGUUUUCAGAGGAUAUGUUUGGUUAUGGCGUUAUGCGUAACCGUGGAAGCUCAUCACGAAGACUGGGUAUCGAUCGUGAGGGAGAAAGAUCUACGGAUCGUGAUCGUGAUCGCGACAGUUUUAGUCGUUGGCGUGAUCGCCAGUACUACGGGCCACGUAGGUGGUUAGAAACAGCGCUGAAGGAUUGUUGGGAGAAAGAUCCUGAGAGUAAAAAGAAAGAAUUAGCAUCACAGAGUCCACUGUGGAUAUCUGAAGAUUUAGAAUGGUGGCACGAGAGAAGUGGUGAACCAGCACCACGUUUUGUACAAAUAGUUGCGCUUUACAGUGAACUUAUUGCUGUUUCUGCGACAGGACAAUUAUACCAAUGGAGAUGGGCUGAUUCAGAGCCAUACAGAAACGCUGAAAAUCCAAAUAUACACCAUCCCAAGACAAUACCACUGGCAUUAGUCGGUGAAAAAGUUAUUAAUAUAUCCGCUACAGCAAUACGUUGCUCUGUAAGUACUGAGAGUGGUAAAGUUGCAACUUGGCUUGAUGAACUUCUUGGUUAUGUUGCAUCACGUUUAGAACAUCCAGCUCAAGCAUUCACCGAAUUUACACUUGAUAAGAUAGUAUCACUUCACACUUGCGCACUAUACACUGUUGCUAAACUUGAGAGUGGUACACUUUACUGGUGGGGUGUUUUACCAUUUGCACAACGUAAAAAAUUAUGGGAAAAAUACAAAGCUAAAUCAGGUAAAAAUCGACCUAUGACCGUUGUUACGGCUGAUAUUAGUUAUGGAACUCAUGUAUGUAUGAAAAAUAGUCCUAUUUAUCAAGCUGGAGCUAUUGGAUUUACAAUAGCCAAUGGAAUACCAAAAGUUGGACAAUUAUUGUCAGCAGCAUGGAGUUUAGAUGCAACUUGUCGAUUUAAAAUUUUACCAGCUGGAACUCUAUUACCCAAUAAUGUCAUUAAAACAGAAGUUAACAGCAAUGGCAGUAAUACCAGUACUAGUAAAAAUAGUUAUAAAGAAACAGCUGAUAGACUUGAUAUGCCACCACCACCAUCACCAGCGUCUAGUACUUGCAGUGAUACUGGGAGUAUAACAACAAGUCAUAAACGUCAAAAACGUAUGACACCUCGGAGUGAAGGUGAAUCCGAAAGAAAAGAUGAAGAGGAUUGGCAACUCAAGGACGUUGUAUUUGUAGAAGACGUUAAAACUGUACCUAUUGGUAAAGUUAUAAAGGUUGAUGGCUUGUAUGUAGCUGUUAAAUUUUUCUCAAAAGAUUCUAAGGAAAAAGAAAAAGAAAUUAAAGAAAAAGAUUUCAUUACAUCGGAUUUUAAGGACUUGACUGCUGAUGAGAUGAUGAAACUUAUUGCUGAAUGCAGAUUAUUGAGAAAAGAUGAAGUCCAAGUUGUUAAAUCUUCGGUUAAUUCUCGCACUCCUGACUGUUUUCAACGUACUCCUCGACGGGUUAAUAUCGCCGAAGGUGUAAGUGAAAGUAUAUUGACAGUAUCAACAGACGGACAAGGUAUUCAUGCAAUUGUUAAAAAUGGGAAUAAAUUAAAUUAUGUUGUUUACAAUCUCAGUACUGGAAGAUAUGUCCAAGAUUGUUAUUUGCCAUCUGAAAUAAAUUCAUUUUUAGGACUUGAACCACAAAAUAUUAGUUUAACGAGUGCUGGUGAGAAUACAGAGUGUUCGAUGAUAUUACGCGAUGGUAAUAAUACCAUUUAUCCAAUAGCUAAAGAUUGUGCCGAGUCAAUACGUGAUUCUAAUUGGCUUGAUUUAGUUCCAGUAGUUUGUAUUGGUGCAUCAACAAUUCCCAUACCAAGCUGCUCUAAUUCAACAAACUUAAAAAAUCAAGUAGCUGUUAUUGCAUUGGUAUUUGAUAAUCUCGUUGUAAUGCCACGUAUUCUUCGUUGUGAUUACGAAGGAGUUAAACAAGUAUUAAUUAAUUGUGAACAUGAUGCUGCUAAAACUAAUAAUAUUCAACAAAUACAAUCCAUAUUACAAGAACGUUGCGAUGGUAAUCGUAAUAUUUUUCACGCCUGCGUAAAUAUGUGCUCACCAACAUCUAAUAAAGAUAACGAGCAAAAUGUUGAACGUGAAUUGGUUACAUGUGCUGUUGACGGUAAUACGACACCAAUUGAAGAGCCAAUACCACCACUCAGCUGGCCACCAGAGCUUGAUAAUACAUCAGGUGAAGAAGACAGUUUAUUAAGCAUUGGAGCUGCGAGUAUUUCAAUGAUGAAUAAAUCUGUAACAGGAUCUACUACCAGUAAUACAUAUAUAACAGAUUCUUCAGAGCGUAGAAAUAAUGCUCUUUUGAUAUUAAAGUAUCUGUGUGAAGCCGUUGUACUUUCUCCACAUUUGAAAGAAUUACUUACGGCUAAAGACGCUCAAGGACAAACUCCGUUAAUGCUGGCAGUAUCAGUUAGAGCUUAUCAUGCAGCACUUAUCCUGUUGGAUACUAUUCAACGUGUAGGAAAAGACGCCAAAGAAUGUUCAUCAAUGAUUUUGCCAUCAGACGCAAGUCCAGAUUUAUCACCACUUUUUGUAACUUGCUGCAAUGAUACCUGUAGUUUUACUUGGACCGGUGAUGAUCAUAUUAAUCAAGAUAUAUUUGAGUGUCGUACUUGUGGUUUAACCGGUUCACUGUGCUGUUGCACUGAGUGUGCUCGUGUUUGUCAUCGUGGUCAUGAUUGUAAAUUAAAACGUACAUCACCAACAGCUUAUUGUGACUGUUGGCAAAAGUGCAAGUGCCGUGCUUUAAUUGCUGGACACCAGGGUGCACGUUAUGAUCUACUUUGUCGACUUGUUACUAACACUGAUUUAGCAACUAAAAUAAAUUCACGGGGAGAAUGUAUACUUUUGUUUUUGGUACAAACUGUUGGCCGUCAGUCCAUUGAACAAAGACAAUUCCGUUCGGUUCCACGACAACGAUCAACUUCAGCGAGCCGUAAGACCCCCUCAUCAGAUGGACAUGGAGCAGAUACAAAUAUGCCAGAUCAUGAUUUGGAGCCUCCACGUUUUUGUAGACGUGCAUUUGAACGUUUGCUUAACGAUUGGCCUGCAGUUCAGUGUAUGAUUAUGACAGGAGUUACUGAAAAUAGUAAUGAUCAAUUGUUCGGUGAUGCUGGGCAAUCAGUACGACAAAAUGGUACUGCAUUAUUGGAUAAAUUUACACAUACACUUUUGGUUAAGUGUACUGCUGAGAUGUUGGAUAUAUUGCUUACAACAUUGAUAAGAGAAUUACAAAAUGAUACAAUACCAGGACGUCAAGAAGAAGCUAAUAUUGUCGCGCGACGGUUUGUUAGAUCUGUUGCUAGAAUUUUUGUGAUAUUCACUAUCGAAAUGGCACCUAAUCCAACUAAAAAUCGCCGAAGUGUUACACAGGCUACUCCACCAUUAAUUAAAUGCCGACGUGUAUUUCGUGCGCUAAUAAAACUUGCCGUUGAAGAGCUCUGUGAAACUGCUGACUCUCUGAUAGCUCCCGUAAGACUGGGCGUUGCCAGGCCAACAGCACCGUUUACUCUUACUGGUUCAGCAAUGGAAGUUGUCAAUGGCUCUGAAGAAUUAUUUUCUAUAGAUCCUUUGAUCCCGCACAGCGGAGUUAAUGUCCAAACAUUAGAUCCUACCCUAGAGCAACCACCGGGUAAUAAUAAUAUUGCGAUAUCUCGAGAUGUCGUGGCGAUGGAUGAGGCUGAGGUUGGCGAGGAAGUUCCCAUGGAUUUAGACGGUGACAUAAGUGAGCAUGAAGACAAUGGAUUGCCAGGAAUACCCGGAGUACCAACAAGUCAGCCAAUGAGUGAAGGCGACAGUCAUGCUGGUGGUGUUGGAGAAGAGCAAGCUGGCGAUGGCGAGUCUGAUACUGAGCUUGAUUUAUUGGCAGAAGCUGAAACAGAGUCUGAUUCAGAUGACAAUCAUAGCAAUCAAGACGCUGCUUCCGCUCAAAGAAGUGUACAAACCGGUGCAACAGCUGGCUCUGAUGGUGGCAUCGGUUCUAUUGUAUUAUUCCCUGAAGACGAAUCUGGUGAAUCAAGUCAACAAGAAGAUGAUGAAAGUGAAGCUGGUGAAACUGAUGAACAAGAGUCUGAAGAAUUUCCAAUAAGUGACGAACAUUUAGAACGUAGAAGUGGAUCUUCAGGUCACUUGCCUCGCAAUAAUUUAGCACCCAUGUCGAUGCAAUGGGCGAUAAGAAAUAAUCGUGAAUUAAAUACCAGAACCGCUGGAUCAAGAGUUACGGGAGGUAGUAAUAUGAUUUUUAUUGAUCCAUCCUCAUUGCGACGAUCAACAGCUACUUCAGCGGUCGCUGCUGCUCAAGAGCCUAUUACUAUGGGUACAACUGCUAGUUGUUUAGCUCGUGCAUUUGGUAUUGUCAUUAGAAUGAUUGCUGAUUUAUUGACAAUGGUUCCUAAUUACAAGAGUAACGCUCCGGCUUUGUCACGACUAAUGGAAGUUACCUAUCAAGACGCUGUUCAUCUACAGAUGUACUUGGAGGGUCAUUUAAAACCUACAUGGGACUGGUUGUUAGUAGUGAUGGAUGCAACAGAAGCUCAAUUGAGAUUUGGUGUAUCAUUAACACGAAGUGCUGAUCCAACGCACCCUGAGCAUCCUCUCAAUAAUGCGCCUUCAUUAUCAGGCGGUAAUUUUACAGGUCUGUUGAAUUCAGCAGCUUUGUCGUUAACUUUGCAAGGUAACAGUGGUCGUAAUCAACGGACUGGUAUAACUGCUAGCAACAAUAUUUCCACUACUCAAGGAUCAACACGACUCACCGUCGGUUUUACAGGAGUUGGCGAAGCGCCACGAGGUACUAGAGAGCGAGAAGUCGGCGACGCACACUGGGCAAGGCGUGAAUUUUUGUCGUAUUGUUUAUCUCUGAUGCGAGCACACAACGGUGAACAUAGAGAUAGUUUGCCGGUAUUAGAUGUCUCGGCAUUACGGCACGUAGCUUACGUAUUUGAUGCGCUUGCUUACUACAUGAGAUCAUUGAAUGAGCCUCUUGGUACACGUGGAGAAAAUCAAAAAGAAUCAACUAUCUAUUCAGCUUGGAAUGAUCAGGAUGAAAAUGACAAUGAUGAAGGAGAUGAAGAUAUUUUACCAGCUGCUUCUGCAAUGGAAACAGAUUCAGUAGAUUAUCCUGAUUUAUUACAAGUACCAGUCUGUGGUGCUGGAAAUUCAAGUAAUACAUUAGGAAAGGGUCGAAAGCAUCCAUUUUUACAACGCUCAGAUUCAACACUUUGUCUUGGUUGUCCAUCGCUAGAUCCAUUUGAUACGAAUAUAAGUGAAGCAUUACCACUGGCCGAUCAACCGCAUUUAUUACAACCGCACUCACGUCGUGAAGAUUUAUUUGGUGUCCCACGGCAACCAGUUGCUGGUACUUCUACCGGAGUUAAUAAUAAUCUAUUUGAGGGGUUACCUACAAGACUGGGUCUUUCUGCCCGCAAUGUCGAUAGCGCAACUACAUCCUCAAUAAUUCCAUCAUUAAGUCAAGUUAUUAUUCAAGGACCCAGUGGUACUGUUAACACCGGCAAUAAUACUACUUCUAUAACUACGUCUACAAUUAAUACUAUCUCUAAUAACAUUAAUAUGAAUAACAGCAAUAGUAAUUGUAGUAGUAGCAGCAGCAGUAAUAGUUGUAAUUCUUUGUCUGGAAUAUCAAUUGAUAAUAAACGUAGUAAUUUAUUGUUAAUGAGUGAACCAGGAUGCAGUAAACAAUCGGAAAAACAAAAAUUAUCAAAUCAAACAAUGGGAACAACAGCUACGACAAUAGCAACUGGUAGUAGUGAUAACUCAUCAAUGCCCACAAUGAAUGAACAAAUUGACCGCGCUCCUAUAAUUGUAUCCCCUAACAGUCAAAAUGAUAAUAAUACAACAACUACAACAGCAACAACAACUACAACCACAACCACAACCACAACAACAACCACCGCAACAACAAAUAAUAAAGGAAAAGAAAUAUGUAAGAGUGGUAGAAGUGUUAUAGUUAGAGCUGGUACAGUUAAUGAUUCAAAUGUUAAUAAUAAAAUAAAUGCAUCUGAAGUAUUAGUUAUCCCAACAGUUGAAGCGCAAAAUGGUGCUGAAGAAGUCGAUCCAGCGGCAACUAGUCAAGAAAUAUCAGCACAUGAGACUGUUGAAACAAGCCCUGUCGAAUCUGCGCGUGCUGUAUCAACUAUUGGAACAAAUAUUUCACAUAAUAUACUAUUAGGUCGUUGGAGAUUAUCACUUGAUCUGUUUGGACGUGUAUUUAUGGAAGAUGUUGGACUUGAAGCUGGUUCUGUUGUAUCUGAGUUGGGCGGUUUUCCGGUUAAAGAAGCUAAAUUUCGCAGGGACAUGGAAAAAUUAAGAAAUUCCCAGCAAAAAGACAUAACUCUAUCUAAGGUGGAACGAGACAGAACGCAAUUGUUGGUUCAAACAAUGAAGGAAUUAAAUACACAAUACAAUCUGUACAAUAGAAGAGCAUCAAGUACUCCGCCAUUAGCUGUCAAUCGUGUUAAAGUUACGUUUAAAGAUGAACCUGGUGAAGGAUCUGGUGUUGCGAGGAGUUUUUAUACCGCUAUUGCUGAGGCCCUUUUAGCUAAUGAUAAGCUGCCUAAUUUGGAAGCUGCACAAGUUGGAACUAAGUAUUCACAAUAUAAUGUUCUACAGAAAUUAAAAAGUCGUGACAGAGAUCCACAUUUGCGACGUCAAAAUCCAAGAUCAUCGGGUAAAUACCGAGAAACACGUAGACAACUAUCUUUUGAAGCUCGAUCUUUCCAUCCUACAUUCCCGACGGAGGGAGCUAGUGGUUCUGGAGGUGCUGGAGGUUCAUCUUCAAGCAGCAAUGCAAUACCUGUAGCUCAUGUUUACAACGAUCAUUUAACAACACACCAACAAAACCUAGGAGAUCGUUUAUACCCAAAAGUUCAUGCACUAAGACCAGCACUUGCUGAAAAAAUAACGGGAAUGUUACUUGAAUUAACUCCAGCUCAAUUGCUGAUGCUGUUGGCCUCUGAAGAAGCAUUGCAGCAAAAGGUAGAAGAAGCGUGUGACUUAAUACACAGUCACAAUCAAGAUUUGGCUAGUGAAGCUCUGCUCGAUCUCGAUGUAUUUAGUUUAACUGAACGGUGUGGCGCUAAUAAAAAGAAAAUGGAUAACAGCAUUUUAGAUGAUACUGAGGACAAUGCUCCGUUAUUUUAUUCACCAGGUAAACGUGGUUUUUACACACCACGGCAAGGACGAGCUAGUUAUGAACGUCUCAAUGCAUUCAGAAAUGUUGGCAGACUUAUAGGUCUUUGUCUGUUACAAAACGAAUUAUGUCCUAUAUUUCUUAAUCGUCAUGUUAUUAAAUAUAUACUAUCAAGACCAAUACGUUUUCACGACUUGGCAUUCUUUGACAGUGUUAUUUAUGAAAGUUUAAGACAAUUGGUAGUUGACGCAGAGACUAAAGACAGCAAUAGUUUAUUUUCUGCACUGGAUCUGACAUUCAGUAUUGACUUAUGUCCUGAAGAAGGUGGUGGCUCUAUCGAUCUUGUAGCCAGCGGGCGAGACGUUGAAGUAACAGCGAGCAAUGUCUAUGACUACGUACGGCGAUAUGCGGAAGUUCGUAUGAUUAAAGUACAGGAGAAAGCUUUGGAAGCGAUGCGUGAAGGUGUAUUUGACGUAUUACCAGAGGGAGCAUUGGACGGUUUAACAUCUGAAGAUUUGAGGCUUUUAUUAAAUGGCGUCGGUGAUAUAAAUGUAUCUGUGCUUAUUUCAUAUACGUCAUUUAAUGAUGAAUCUGGGGAGUCGAUGGAAAGACUUGUUUAUUUCUGGACCGGAUCACCAGCAUUACCAGCAAGUGAAGAUGGUUUCCAACCAAUGCCUAGUGUAACAAUUAGACCUGCAGAUGAUGCUCAUUUACCAACGGCAAAUACAUGUAUUUCACGUUUAUACGUUCCACUGUACAGCUCACGUCAUGUGUUACGCCACAAGCUAUUACUUGCUAUAAAAACUAAGAAUUUCGGAUUCGUAUGA